CCCGGCAACUUCGAAACUUCAACUUCCUCUCCUUCCACUCCGUUCUCUCCUCGCUCUCGUCAAUUGCUCCCUGCCUCGACUUCUCUUCCCCGCAUUCCCUUUCUUUUCGCUCCAUCCACAUCCAUCACAAUGGCCGGCGCCAUCGCUUCCGCUAUCUACCAGGGCCUCAUCCGCCGGAACGCGGUUUUCCUGACCACCAUCUUCGCCAGUGCCUUUGCCUUCGAGAUUGCCUUCGACUCGGCCUCGAACUCCAUCUGGGAUACCAUCAACCGCGGCCGGCAAUGGAAGGACAUCAAGCACCGAUACAUGGUUAAGGACGAGGAGGAGGAUGACGACUAAAGGAAUAAACCGGGAUUGAUGGAUGAUUCCAAAGCACCUCAUGUUGUUAUAAUACUUCACCGGCGAGACCGGGCAGGGGAUGGGGAUAGGGACUACUGAGUGUGAAUGUAUGAAAUAGAGUUUUUUGUGCCAAACCUGUAACCACACUGGAAUAUACCGGGCUGCUUUCCUGUCUC